UGAGUCUGUACGGUUCUAAAAUUUCCAAUCCCUCUCUCUUUCAAGUGUUUCAUUAAACCAAAAAUUCCUAAAAUGUUUAGCUUUAGCCUUUGGGAUGUAGCCAUUUCGUUAUUUAUUUUAUUUAUUUCAUAUUUCAUUUUAUUUCUUUGCAUGAACUCUUAAUCCGCUCAAAUGACAAAUCCCCAUACCCACAAAAUACAUUAGAAAGAAUAAUCUUUACCCUUUCUUUCUCUUCGAAGAUUGUAACUUUCCGUCACUCUCCCACUGAAAAUCUUUCAUUUUUCCAGAAAAAGAAAAGGAAAGAAAAAUGAGGUGGGAAAAGGUUCGGCUUUGCCUGCAAGAAGUUGGAGGUGUUGGAGAAGCAUGUCCAGGGCCUGGCAAACGAUGGGGUCAUACGUGUAACUCCAUUAAAGGAGGCAGAUUUCUCUAUGUUUUUGGUGGUUAUGGCAAAGAUAACUGCCAAACCAACCAAGUUCAUGUCUUUGACACUGCUAAGCAGACAUGGAGCCAGCCGGUAAUGAAAGGCACACCUCCAACUCCAAGAGACAGCCAUAGUUGUACUACUGUUGGUGACAAUCUUUUCGUAUUUGGUGGUACAGAUGGGAUGAACCCUCUCAAGGAUCUACAUAUAUUAGACACUGCCACACACACUUGGAUAUGUCCAAGUGUAAGAGGUGAAGGGCCACAGGCACGGGAGGGUCACAGUGCAGCUCUUGUUGGUAAACGGCUCUUCAUAUUUGGCGGCUGUGGGAAAUCUUCUGAUAACAAUGAUGAAAUAUAUUACAACGAUCUGUAUAUAUUAAAUACAGAGACCUUUGUCUGGAAACGUGGUACAACAUCAGGGGACCCACCAUCUGCCCGCGAUAGCCAUACUUGCUCGUCUUGGAAGAAUAAAAUCAUUGUGAUUGGUGGUGAAGAUGGCAAUGAUUACUAUUUGUCUGAUGUCCAUAUCCUUGAUGCAGAUACUCUUGCGUGGAAAGAGUUGAACACCUCAGGCCAGAUAUUACCACCUCGUGCUGGGCACUCCAGUGUUGCCAUCGGCAAAAACUUAUUUGUUUUUGGGGGAUUUACAGAUGCACAAAAUCUUUAUGACGAUCUCUACAUGCUUGAUGUUGAUACUGGCAUGUGGACCAGGGUGAUAACUGUGGGUGAUGGGCCUUCUGCUAGAUUUUCUGUUGCUGGGGAUUGUUUGGAUCCCCUGAAGAGUGGUGUUCUUGUGUUCAUUGGUGGCUGCAAUAAAACUCUUGAGGCACUGGAUGACAUGUAUUACUUAUACACAGGGCUUGUUGUCCGGGAUGAAAGGAAGCCAGAGAACUUAUCCCUAAGGAAGCAGUUGAAGCUAAAGUGUCAAGAACAAAAUCUUAGUAAUCUUGUACAUGAUAAAGCUGUUGUUAGAAUUGAAGUCGGCAAUGAUGUGCACCAACCUAUUCCUUUAUCAAGUUAUGGCCAACCAAGAAGAGAAAAUAUUCCAUUAAACCAAGUCCUGCUUCUAGGGAAGAAGACAUUUCAAGCUAAGGUUACUGAGAGCUUCGCACAUGGAUAUACCAUUGAGACUGUUAUAGAUGGGAAGCCUCUCCGAGGAAUACUUUUUGCAAACAAGCCCAGCUCUAUCCAUGUAGCCAAUCAUAAUUUCAGCAGUCAUUUCAGAAAAAGGACUACUACGGAAGUUGGGGGUACUGUAUUAAAUGGUGAUUGCAAUACUAAAUCAAAAUCUUCUAGAAGCAUGAGGCAGGAUUUUGGAGAUCAUAAACAAGCUGAUGUUCGUGAGAAGGAUUCUUCAUUGCAUGAGACAGAAGCUCCUGCACCAGUUUCAAGGAAUCCAGCACCUUCUGAUCUAUCAACCCAUAAGGACCCUGCAAACCAAGAACCAUUGGUAGCUCAUCUGAAUUUAAACGAUGAUAAGGCAGGUGAUGCACCAAACUCUGACAGUGAAUUUCCGGAAGGGAUUGGAUCCCCAAGGGCUGGUUGUUCUGUCACCUUAUCUCCAAGGCAAGAUGAGAGGAGACCAAACACCUUGGAGCAUAACAAUCCAGGAAAAUCGUUAUGACCAGUGAACAAUCUUUAACUCCAUUAGUGAUGACUACUCAACAUAACGAAAUGCACAAGCCAUGUGUAUAUUUAUUGCUUCAAGGUGGUUAUAGAUGCAUGACUGAUGUAUACUGAAUCUGCUUACUUGCUAACUCUCACUCCAAUUUUUGCCUUGUUACAACUAAAACUCAUUUAUCUGAGCUCUUACCUUAAUGAAAUCAAGGAUUGAGUUUA